AUGUAAUCAAAUCGUUUUUCAACUUCAACGACUGCCAGUGAAGAUCAUACAAGAGGGCUUCCUUCAUCUAGAACCUCCUAUGAUCCUAAAUAGAACAGCAGUCUUACUCCCAAACUGACUAAAAACGGUAUCUAAGUGCUUAUUGAGUUAGAGGAUAAGGAAAAGUACAAAGAUAGAGACUUGUUCUUUCAGAUUGUAAGCAUUCAGGAAUUCCCUGAAAAUAUCAAGUCCACUCCUAAUAAGCCCUUAGACGCUAACAAAAUAGCUAAUGCAGUUAUAGUAAAGUAUAACAUCAGUGAUGGAGAGCUAUAAACAAGAGCACUAAUGCAAAAUCAGAUACAUGAAAGAAUGACUCCUGAGACUAUUGAGAUCGAUGAAGUCUAAUUUUAAAAGCCAGAGAGUGUAAAUUUGCUAAGUUAAGACGUUCAAGAGUAAUUUAGCUUCGGACCUCACCAAUCCUCCAAACAAGACUCAAAUCACUUCCAGCAAAGCAAAACAAGAGAUUAAUACGUAAAUCAAUCUGAUACAAGCAAACAGCUAAUUAACUUAAAUUAAGCAAGAGUACCUAGCUCAUUAAUUAGCAGCAAAUAAGAAUAGCAAAUUAAUCAAGAUGAUAACUAAAAGAGUAACAAAGGCUUUGAUUGCAUCAAAACUCAUUAAAAGAAUGAGCUACUAUAGAAAAAUAUAAACAGUAACUAUAAUACAAACUAGAUAUAGCAGCAAUAGAAAUAGUAAUCUCAGGGUCUAUCAGAUUAUAUGCCAAUCAAAGCAUUGAAUACAUUCUCUAGAGACUGGAAGAUUUAAGCUAGAAUCGUUUAGAAAUCUGAAAAGAGGCAAACUAGGAAUGGUGGCUCGCUAUUAAAGAUGGAAUUACUUGAUACGUAUGGAACUAUCAUUGAAGCUACAUUUUUUAAUGUUGCUGCCGACUUCUUUGAAGAUAAAUUGCUACUUGGUCGUGUCUAUGACUUUUAUGAUGGAAAUAUCAAGCUAGCCAAUAAGAAAUUCUCCACUGUUAAUAAUGACUUCACUAUUACUUUUGAAAAAAGUUCUUAGAUAAAGGAAGCAGUUGAUAAUGGUAGCAUAAAAAAGAAUAAUGUGGAGUAUAGUUAUAUUAAAGCUAUUGAGAAUCUUAAGUAAGGAAGUAACGUUGACCUCAUAGGUGUGAUUAUAGAUAUAUCGAUGGCAGACUAAAUCAAGCUUAAGAAUAGCAAGUCCAGAACACGUCAAUACAUAACUAUAAUGGAUGAUUCAAUGUGCUCUAUUAGUUUGACUCUUUGGGGUGAUAUCUGCAGCAAGAACGAUAGGCUCCAAAAAGGAGACAUUUUAUCUUUUACAGGUGGAAGAGUUAGUGAUUACGGAGGCAAGUCAGUGAACCUUUCAGAUGAUCAUACCACGAUUCAGUUAAAUCCUGAGGACUGUCCAAAAACGAGGUAACUUAAAAACUGGUAUCAAGGAUUGAUACAAUACGGAGAUGAAUCGCAGCAUAACAUCAAGCAAUUGAGCACUUCUCUCAUUAAGCCUGACAACAGUCUUAACUCAGCUGAAAACCUUCAUAUCAUUGAGGCUAAUUCUUCCAAGCCAAACAAAAACUAACUAAAUUUCAUUUGUGAGAUACAAGCGAAUUUGAAUGAUGAAAAUGAUGUGGACCAGCAUCACUUUUUCUAUCUAAAUGGCUACGUUUCUUAUAUAAAGAACGAUGAUAAGAUUUUUUACAACGCUUGUCCAAAGGAUACCUGCAAGAGAAAAGUUGUUCAAGAAAGUAAUGGAACAUUUCGAUGUGAAGCUUGCAAUAAAAGCUACGACUCAUGCAUCCCUACCUAUAUGAUUUAAGCUAAAAUAACUGACUUUACUGAUUCUAUAUACAUUAACUUUGCUAGAGAACACGGAGCCUCACUGAUGGGUAUGACUGCCUUAGAGUUCAGAGAGUUCAGAAACAGGGCUACUGAAGAAGAGAUAAGCAACUAUUUUGACAAAUUGUUAUUCAAGCAAUUCAACAUCAUGGUUAAAGGGAAGUUUGAAUACUAUAGUGGAGAGAAUAGAAUACGAUUCUUCGCCAUCAAAGUUUAUCCAAUACACGUUCAGACUGAAAAUAAAGCGUUACUAAAAAGGCUUAAAAUGUACAGUCAUGUGUAGCCGAAAGAAGAUGCUGAUGAGUCUUUGUGA